UGAGCCGAGGGGAGGGAGAUAAACUUUGUUCCCUGAAAGUUUGUGCAAGCUUUCACUUUCUAGGCGGGGUUUCAGCAGCAUGGAGUGAGAAACGGAGAGCGAUGCAGCAGCAGCAGCUUCCAUCCAAUAAUAAGCUCUCACAUUUCCACAAAUAACCAUGUACUCCCCGUACUGCCUGACACAGUAUUACCCUACUCACCUUCUAAACAAUGCCUUAGUG